GGGGGGUGUGGGUGGGGGGGGGGGGGGGGGAAGGAAGAGAGAGAAAAAGAAAAGUGUUAUUAUUGAGGAAUCAACGUCAGUCUGCGCCGUGGAGACCUGGUCAAUUUCACUUGAGAAUCUUGUCAAUUUCACCUGGGGAUUUUUCUGGCCAGUUUCACUUGGAAUUGUGGAAUUUUCUAUCCGGAUGGUCGGCUCGCUUUGGGAUUUAUUAUGGGCAUCUUGGAAUAAUUUCUCCAUCCAAGUUAUAGACGGAUGCAUCAUCUCUUUGCGGAUUUUUUUGUCUGUGUGUGUGUCCCAGUGAUUUAUUAAUGCACGGGCGACGUGCAAUUACAGUCAUCGUCUCUCCGUGAAGUGGCUUUGUGGAAUUGCCAUUGUUGAUAUUUCUUCUGUUUUUUACACACGCACUCGAGGAGGUGAGGAUAUAUUUUGUGGCCGUCAACCUUUUCGCUGAGGAGGAAGAGGAGGAGGAGUGUGCAGGGGAGCGAGAUUCGUGGCAGUGCAAAUGGAUGGCCCGCGCUGUAGUGGGCUUCGCCGGAGCAGGCGAUCCAGAACACAGAGAAAUCGAGAUCGGAAGGCAAAGGGAGGUAGUGGUGGUGGUGGUGGUGGUGGUGGAGGAGGAGGCGGUGGAGGCAGUUCGAGGACCCUAUCCUCAUCGGGAUCUGACCGAGAGGGCAAAACCAAAAACCCAGCCUCCUCGCGACCCAGACCUCCCCGACGCCGGAGGAAAGACUCGACUUCGGGAGAGGAAGAUCUCAUUGAUGGCUUUGGAAUAGCUAGUUUUGUCACGUUGGAGGCUCUGGAGAAGGACAUUGCAUUAGAGCCCCAGCAGCGCCUGGAGAAGCUUCAGAAUCCCCUCGCAAAGAAAAAACGCAACGAACUGCAAAACGGCCUGAGCUUCCACGCCAACAAGAAUAGACACAGUUACCGCCACGGAGUUUCCGAUCGGGAAAAUUACCACAGAUUUAGCCAUGGCCAUGGGAAGCAGAAGCGCUUUCAGAAGAGGCACAGACAGCUCAAGCCCUCCCUCCACAGCUGCAGGGACAGUGAUUGUGAAAGCAUCAGCAAUGAAUCCAAGGCGUCCAACAGGGGCUUCUCACAUGAAAGACUGAGUGAUAGCUCUGCUCAUUCCAGUUUGGGAACAGGUUAUUUUGUUUCGGAUGCUACUUCGGAGAAACUUUUCAACACGACCACGAGCAAAGUUACUCACUUCAGUGUCAGUGCACUAACAACAAAUGACACCCGAGAAGCACGAGGACCGAAUGCCCACAAGAUAUCAGGGUUAGAACGGAGCCAGGAAAAAAGCCAGGAAGGAUCCAAAGACCAUCUGCUUGUGCUUGCGGUGACCAAGGAGCCUGCUCCCCAGGCUCAGAGCCAAUCCCAACCCCAACCACUACCGCAACCACAAUCCCAAAUAAAAAACUGCUCCCCACUUCCAGUGCAGACUCAGCUGCCACUGAUUCUACCCCAAUCUCAGCCGAAGGCCUCAGCGCCAUCCCAGGCUCCAGCCCUCGGCCAAACCCAGUCGCAGUCCCUCCUUCCGUCCCAGACCCUCCUCCCUUCCCUGCCGCUCCUCUCUUCCCAGCCUCACCAUCCAUCGCAGCCCCUCCUGCCGACCCAGUCUGUGCCCGUCCCACAACCCCAACCUCAGCCCCAAUCCCGACCUCAGCCCCCAGCCCAGGUCCAGCAUCAAACCCCCCAGCACCAGCCCCACACCCCCCAGCAUCAGUCUCACCCUCACCCUCACCCUCAGCCGCCAUCUCCAGCCCAGCCGCUCCUUCAGGCUCAGCUUCCAUCUCGACCGACAUCUCGCAACCUCCCACAAUCUCUGUCUGUCUACAGCAGCAGCCUGAGCCUGAAUAGCAUAAGCAGCAGCAGAAGCAGCACUCCAGUCAAGCCUCAAGCGCCCCCUGUGCAUAUCUCCCAUCAUCCGCCCGCUCCCAGCUUCUCCGUGCCCCUGGGGGCCCACAAUACGUCCCACACCUUCACUCCGAGUCUGCAGCCUGCCAACCACUCGCACCACCCCGCCAUGUUUGCCCCUCACACGGCCCUGCCACCACCACCUCCACUGACAUCAAGUGCACUUCAGGUUCAAGGGCAUCCUGCCGGCACUGGUUAUUCUGAGCAAGAACUUCUGCGGCAGGAGCUGAACACCAGGUUUUUGGCCUCGCAGAGUGCUGACCGGGGGGCCUCGCUGGGACCGCCGCCCUACAUGCGGGCGGAGUUCCACCAGCACCAGCACCAGCACACCCACCAGCACACCCACCAGCACACGUUUGCGCCAUUUCCGCACGCCAUCCCGCCGACGGCCAUCAUGCCAACACCGGCACCGCCCAUGGUGCGUACCCAAGGCAGAAAUUUUGAGAAAUACCCGACAAAAGUCGACCCUUUCUACCGACACAGUUUGUUUCAUUCCUACCCUCCAUCCAUGGCUGGAAUUUCUCCAAUGAUUCCACCUACAGGUCCUUUUGGUUCUCUGCAAGGAGCAUUUCAGCCGAAGACGUCCAAUCCCAUUGACGUGGCAGGAAGGCCUGGAGCUGUUCCCCAUACCCUCCUGCAGAAAGACCCCAGGUUGACAGAUCCAUUCAGGCCAAUGCUGAGGAAGCCUGGAAAGUGGUGUGCCAUGCACGUACAUAUAGCGUGGCAGAUAUACCAUCACCAGCAGAAGGUUAAGCAACAGCUCCAGUCGGAUCCACACAAACUGGACUUUGGGCUGAAGCCAGAGUUCCUGAGCAGACCACCAGGUCCCAACAUGUUUGGAGCGAUCCACCAUCCCCACGAGCUGGCUCGCCCUGCCACCCUCUUCUCCACUGCUGGCGCCACGCAUCCGACCGGAAACCCCUUCGGACCUUCACCUCACCACAACAGCUUCCUGAGCCCGGCUGCUCAUCUAGGGCCAUUUAAUAGACCAAGUGGUUUGGCUGGUCUGAGAUCUUUAAGUAACAGCGCCUUUGGUGGACUGGGGAACCCUUCAAUCACAUCCAACACAAUGUUCAGCCACAAAGAUGGCCCCAGUAUGCAGACCUUUAGCAACCCUCAUGAGCCUUGGAAUCGACUCCACCGAACGCCACCUUCGUUUCCCCCACCCCCUUGGCUGAAGCCAGGGGAGGCUGAGCGCAAUUCCUCUGUAGCAACUCAUGACAGAGAUAGAGAUGUAGAGAAGCGAGACUCUACUGUUAGUAAAGAUGAAAAAGAAAGGGAUACCUUGGAGAAGCGGCACACCACUCAUGCUUCAUCUCCGUCAGUAAAUCAAGUUAAUUCUUUGGUGCACAACCGUAGUUCCCGAGCACAACGAAACCAUGUAAAUAGUGAGCUGCGCGAUAAGGAAAAAGCCACGGAGCGAGAACGGGAUCACACUGACACUUGGAAAGACUCGUCCGUUGAUGAGCACAAAGUUAAGGAAAACCACGCACCGGACAAGGAGAACCUGGGGCUGGAGGGCAGGAUCGGGGAGGACUCCAACAAGCAUAUGAACAGAGUCAAUUCACCUUACAUCAGGCUGGCCGGCACGGACGGCAGAGCCAACAGCCAUGCCAACCGAGAGGUGGAUCGGAAAAGCGAGCCUUCUUCGUACGACCAUCAGAAGAAGAGCAACGAGGUUAAAGUCAAGGAGGAGCGGAAGGAGGACAACGACAUUAUUUCAGAGGUGAUUCAGAACACAACGACUCCCCGAACACGUCCCAGCCCACCCUCGUUGCCCAGUGUCCAUCCCAGCCCCUCGAUGGCCGCCAUGCCAAUGGCCGGCAUGAGCGAGGUACAUCCCAUGAACAGCAUCAACACGCUGGACAGGACACGGAUGGUUGCUCCGUUUAUGGGGAUUAGCCCAAUACCAGGGAGUGAGCGCUUUCCAUAUCCUCCUUUCCACGGGGACCCCAUGAGGGAUCCCCGAGACCCCUACAGAGGGCUGGACAUCCCGCGAGACCCGCUGGCCAGAGACUUCUUGCUGAGGAGCGACCCGCUGCAGCGGCUGUCGGCGCCGCGCUUCUACGAUGCGGAGCGCUCCUACCGGGACCGGGAGCCCCACGACUACAACCGCGAACACGCGCUGGUGGCCAUGGACCCCAGGCGUGAGCACGAGAGGAUGAGCCACCUGGAGGAGCGGGAGAGGCUGAGCAUGCUGAGAGAUGAGUACGAGCACGGGCGCCUUCACCCCAUCCACGCGGCCGCCUUGGACGGCCACAUGCCCCACCCCGGCCUCUUGACGCCGGGACUUCCCAGCAUGCACUACCCCCGGGUGAGCCCCUCCUCGGCCCACCAGAACGGCAUCCUCAACAAGACCCCCCCAACGGCUGCUCUGAGCGCCCCUCCCCCACUCAUCCCCACCGGCGGCAACAGGGCCGGCUCACCCCGGAGGACUACGCCCCUGACUAGCUCAGAGGCGAGAGACAGGCCCCCUUCGCACACACACAAAGACAUCGAAGCCCGAUAAUACAGAGACGGCAGGAAAAAACCACACAUGAGGAAGGUAACUGCGGAGGUCAAAUAAAGGCGACUUUUGCAGCGUGACAACCCACCGUCUAAAGCAUUGGACUUCACUGGACUGGGGCGGGUGAGCGCAGCCUCCACCGUCAACAUGUAAAAUUACUUUGCGGAAAUAACACUUUUGUACAUUUUAAGCUUAAAUUUUUUGCAAAUGUUCAAUGUCGAUUUUUUUGUUCCUUUCUCCCUGUUAAUUUUAUUUGUAGUAUAUAUAUAUUAAAAAAAAAAUGUGUUGUGAAGAAAGAGCAAACUAAAACGGAAAAAAAAAGAGUUACUGCUAUAUUUAUCAAGGAUUUGGGUAUGUGGUAAAUGAGGAGCCUAAGAGAAAAGAAAAGAAAAGCUCUUAAAUUGUCUUUGGAGAGGAGUAAUGGAUAAGACUCGGUUUGAAGGAAUCAAGCUGUAUAGACAACUGUGUAUAGAGGAAGUUCCCAGGCCGAAUGGAACUUGGUACAUAUAUGCAAAAAAAGGAAAGACAAUAAGUUUUACUGUGUACAAAUGUAAUAGAUUGAAGGGCGGCUGUUUGACGGCUGAUCAGAAGCAUCAACAAUGCGAGCUAUUGGGAGAUUAACUAUCUGUUAACACAGUCUGCUUGUGCUGUGUUGGAUAACUUUUUGCGGCUGUACAGAUGUUCCCAACUAUGCAAGCGGGUGAAUGCCAUGGCUUUUCACGCAGAGAGUCUGCAUUCUUCGAUGGAGCCUUUUCAACACGAUUCAUUUAACCACCACGUCUAGCACAUUACAUUGUGUCUAAGGAUUGUAAACUAUGUUAAUGAAGUAAAAUUAGUUCUGUUGGUCUAAUAGUGUAUUAAAGUGCUAUCUGAAGUUGUUUAUUCUGUUUGGAAAAAAUUCUAUCUAUGACAGUUGUUUCUAAUGAUCAGAGAUCUAUUUUAGUAGUCAACUGAAGGUUUAGUUGUGAGCUUCAGAUUUUUGUGAACUCCUGAUGUUGUGCAGUGUUUUUGAGAAACAAAAAAAUAAUGUACACUGGAUCAGUAGUGCUAGAACUCAAUAUUACCUAUAGACUUUCAUUUGCAGAUAUGCUGUUUAUCAUGUACGUAAUGAAGUCCUUUACAGAUCCUGUUGUAAAGUGAAGCGACUCUGAAACUUCGGCAUGUGCUUCAUAAACAAAAACUUGUGUUAUGUAAAUUGUGCCAUGUUAUUAAAAAAUCGAACUGAAGUGUUCUCAGUCUAA